GUCUUGAUAGAGAAGACAGAGAGACAGGAAAGGAUUGAUAGAGACAGAGACACAGGACAGGCUUGGUAGAUGAGACAGAGAGACAGGAAAGGAUUGAUAGAGGAGACAGAGACAGGACAGACUUGGUGCAGGGAGCUGCUUCUUGGUCAUUCAUUAUCCUGACAGCCCCUGGUGAUGCAGCUAUUGUAAUGUAAAUUGGAGCACCUGUUUCUCUGUGUGAGAGUGUUCAGUGGCUGUUUACUCCAGCUCUCUCUCUCUCGCUCUCUCUGUACGUUUGCCACUCACUUUACACUGAGCUCUCAGACACACAGUUGUUCAGUCUUCCUGCUGUACUACAGGCUCCAAGGAUAUAGUCUCCACCACGAAACUUUGUGGAUCCUUUUUUUGCACAGAGGAUGUCACAAGCAGGGGACUCUACCUGACUUCAGGAGGUCUCUCUCUCUCUCUCUCUCUCUCCUGUGUGGAACAUGAAAGCUGGGUUGAUUGCAUUCGGCCUGGACUGACGGAACUUGCCCACUGGUUGCCCUGGAGACGCCCCUUCUCUUCUAAUUCAUGAGCCAGCAGGAAGUGGCAGUCACUGCGCUUUCAGAACGGCUCCUCCUAGCAGCGCACAAAGGCCAGGCGGACAAUGUGGUGCAGCUUAUUAACAAGGGCGCCAAGGUAGCAGUAACCAAGUACGGACGUACCCCGCUGCACCUGGCUGCCUACAAGGGCCACAUCGAAGUGGUGCGCAUUCUCCUGAAGGCAGGCUGUGAUCUGGACAUCCAGGAUGAUAGUGACCAGACAGCCCUGCAUCGUGCAGCAGUAGUGGGGAACACUGAUGUCAUCUCGGCUCUGCUCCAGGAGGGGUGUGCUGUGGAUCGACAGGACAAGGAUGGUAGCACUGCUUUGCAUGAAGUUUCUUGGCAUGGAUUCAGUCAGUCUGUCAAACUGCUGGUCAAGGCAGGGGCAAAUAUUCAUGCAAAGAAUAAGGCUGGGAACACAGCUCUGCACCUGGCCUGUCAGAAUGGCCAUUCCCAGAGCUGCAGGCUGCUGCUUCUGGGCGGAUCCAGGCCAGACACCAAGAACAGUGUGGGUGAGACAUGUUUGCAUGUUGCCGCCCGCUACAAUCAUGUGGCCAUAAUUACAAUACUCCUCGGUGCUUUUUGUUCUGUUAGUGACAAAAAUCAGGCAGGGGACACACCGCUCCAUAUUGCUGCAUCUCUAAACCACAAGAAAACAGCAAGGCUUCUACUGGAAGCAGGGACAGAUUCAACCACUUUAAACAAUGCAGGUCUGACUCCCCUGGAUCUGGCCAGAGAACAGAACAGACCUGAAGUGGCCUUGCUCCUCACUAAAGCUCCGCAGGUCCAGAGCUUCAGCCGAGGCAGAAGUGUGAGGAAGAGAAGAGACAAGUUAAAAGAAGAGCGUCGGGCGCAGUCUGUGCCCAGGGAUGAGAUGUUACCCACGAAGGGGAGUGUGGCAGGUGACACCCACAGCAGUGACCACCCGCCAUGCAGAAGAGGAGACCGCAAGAACAAGCCCCGCUCCACCACACCUGAGCCCCGAACAAAGAAGGAUAAAAAAAAAAAGCAGAAGGAGAAGGGACUUCCUAAAAACACAGAGAAUAACAACCAAGUGCAGCUUCCCUCUGCAUUGUCAGAGCCCACCCCCAGGAAUGACACCCAACACCGUGAGACCAAUCAGAGGAAGAGAAACAAACGGAAUGGCCCCUCCCUGCAGCCCCCUCACAGUUAUAAGGCUUACCAGCUUUACACACUGUACAGGGGGAAGGAUGGGAAGAUCAUGCAGGCCCCAAUAAACGGCUGUCGCUGCGAACCUCUAAUUAAUAAACUGGAAAACCAGCUGGAAGCCACCAAAGAAGAGUUAAAGUCUGAGAUUCAGACUGUCCAGCAACACAUGAACAGCAAACUGGGGCAGCUAGAUCACAAGAACAAACUGCAGUUAAAGGUAAUGGAUAAGAUGACCUUGGAAAGAAUAUCUGCAGAAAGAACAGAGUGUCUCCAUCGCAUUGACCAGCGGGCUGUGCUGGAGAAGCUGGAAGGGGAAAAGAAACAGGUGUCUGUGGUCAAUGAUUUGAAAAACUGGUGUCUGUCUAAGAUCCAGAACAUUGAGGUGCGACUUUCUGGAGAUUCCACAAAUUCAAAACCCAAGUCCUCUGCUUUUGAGGCCCUUACUGAGAGCCACACCACCGAGAGUGACCUGAGCUCUUGGGACAACGGCCUCAGUAGGGCUGCCUCCCUCCCAUCUGGAGAGGCCCAGCAGCACAGCCUGGCCAAUGAGGGCUCAGGGAAACAGUACUUUGUGGUUCAGCAAGACAGCCCACCAGAUGUGAAACAGCAGCCCCUGCUGAUGGAGUUCCCCACACCCGUUUCAAGCACGCCUACAGCUACUUCUCCCAGAGUCGUUCGGCCCAAAGAGCGGACAUUUGCCUCUGCUGUCUCCAGCUGGACACAAACGGAACUGCAAGAGACAAAGACCCCAGCUUCUCAACCCAGACAAGUGCAGAUAAAGGCUUCAGAGAGCUUCUGCGCAGGAACGAGCAGCCUGUCUCCGCCUACUGAGCGUCGCAGCAGCAGACAGGGGCAAGACGGGGGGAGACAUCCGAGGAAACACUCCCAAGGAAGGAUCGACCUUCCCAAGCCCAAGCAAAGCCAGGCCAGGCCUCCAGAACUCCCUGCCCCCCAGCAGGAGCGGGACACCCUGCACGCUCUGGAGAUCACACAGUACUUCUUUGAGGCCGUCGCCAUGCAGAUGGAGAAGUGGUACGAGCGGAAGAUCGAGGAGGCUCGCUCCCAGUGUGAGCAGAAAGCCCAGCAGGACAGAGCAGCUCUACAGGAGCGAGUCCUCUGUCUGGAGGAGGAGCUCCAAAUGUUACGGACUAACAUGCACAAGGAGAGCUAGCAGAGGGACAGGGGGCGUGUGCAUGACUAGUCCGUUCCACAAAAACACAAUUACAGUAUAGGAAUUAAUUGUCCUAUUUGGAAAGAAAAAAAUUGUAAUAUAUUCCAAAAGUUUACAUUACUAGCCCAUGAUGAAAAAAUGUGUUGGCUGCUUUGGAGAAUGUAAAGAUGCAACACAGUCAAUAAAAUCUGCUUUCUAGAGUGCAGACUAAUCUAUGGAUAAUGCAGUGAGUAGAUACCAAGCAGUGGUGUAUGAUUGUUAGGAGACUGCAGGUUUCAUUACUGGUUAAUGGAUCUCAGGUGGCGCUGGAUUCAACAUUCAGUCUAAAUGGGCAGCCGGAAACAAUUUGUUAAUCUAAAAUAUGCAACAAACUAAAAUAAUAUGAACCCAGAAAGAAUACAUUGGUUUACAUUCAAUUAUUGUAUUUUUUUAACAAUUUAAUGUUGGUUGUUGACAUAGACAACUGAUAGACAACGUUGUUGUGUUUUUAUAGAUGAGCUUUUUUAAAAACAAGGUUUUAAACACCUUCUACUAACAGGAAUAAAUGCACAAAAGGUUUGAUAAGGUUUUUAUAUAAAUAUUUGUUUUACUGGCAACCAACGUGUGUUUUUUUGUUUUGUUUUUUUUCAAUAGUUUUUAUACAGUGCUAUUCAAAAACUUGAACACUUUUAACAUACCAAGCAUAACAUAACAUUGCCUAAACCCAUUGAAAAACACAAACUGAAGAGCAGAUGAACAAUCAUUGUGUCUCUAAAAUAGAAAGUCUGAGGCGGUUUUAAAAAAUUAAUUGGAAUU